AAACACCAUCGGAACCAACCAAGGAAGCUCUUACCUGUGAGUCAUGUGAGUCUUCAACUGCAUCAGACUCUUCAGAGGAGGAAAGAGAAGAAAGAGUGGAGAAAGAAGAACCGCCCUCUUGUGGGUAUUUUUACAUGGAAAUGCCUCAAUCAAUGCCCUCUCCACAUAGAGAUUUUGGUUGGGAUUUUUUUAACCCUUUUACUAGCGUUAGGCCAGAGAUAAUAAAUGGGUAUAAUCGGAUAUCUGAGGAGGAUUUGAGGGUUGUUAGGGAGCGAGAAGGAAUUCCCGAAUUGGAAGAAGAAGGGGAAAGAUUUGAGGAAGAAAGUAAUGCAGUAGUGGUAGAAGAGAAAUUGGGUGGGCGGCAUCAUGAGGAAAGCAGCAGGGUUGAGGUUGCCAAGGCAGUGAAUGAUAGUAAUGUGAGCCAGGUGGAGCAAAAGGGCUUAACUGUCAUUGACACGCCUGUGAGAGGGAGAGAGUUGUUGGAAGCUCUUCAGGAUAUUGAAGACCAUUUUAUUAGAGCUUACGAUUCUGGCAAGGAAUUGUCUAGAAUGUUAGAGGUCAAUAGGGUCCAGCUGCAAUCUAACUUGGAGGAGAUAAAAGAGAACUCAACAAAAAUGAUCCAGGCUAUAACUUGGCGAUCCACUUCUUCUCGUUCUUCAUCAUGUAAGAGUCUUGUAGCGUCGAGUUCCAAAAACUGUUUGACAUGGACUGAAUUCAAGAAUGAUCUUUUUGAUGAUUAUGGAGGAAUGGAUUCUGGAAGCCAUUCGCUGACAUUGGGAAGGAUAUAUGCUUGGGAGAAGAAGCUCUAUGAAGAAGUUAAGGCUGGGGACAACACUAGGAAACUAUAUGAGAGGAAAUGCAAUCAACUAAGAAACCAAGAUGCCAGAGGAGUUGAAGGGGCCACUGUAGAUAAAACAAGAGCAGCAGUGAAAGAUUUGUAUAGCAGGAUCCUUGUUGCAAUUCGAAGUGCUGAAACCAUAUCCCAAAGAAUUGAGAAACUCAGGGACGAGGAGCUCCAGCCCCAAAUUAUGGAACUGCUUCAAGGCAUGAUGAGGUGCUGGAAAACCAUGUUGGAAUCCCAUGAAAUCCAGAAUAAGAUCAUGUUUGAAGUGAAAACUUUCAAAUGUCCUACAUUUGGAAAGUUCUGCAAUGAUUCUCACCGGCUUUCAACUCUGCAGCUUGGUGCUGAGCUUCGGAAUUGGCGGACAUGCUUUACCGAAUAUGUUGCAUCCCAGAAGGCAUACGUUGAAGCACUGCAUGACUGGAUUUCAAAGUUUGUUGUCCCUGAAGUUGAAUUCUAUUCGAGAAGCAGAAUUUCUGCUCCACCAUGUCGAGAAAAUGGACCACCUCUUCUCACCAUUUGCCGUGAUUGGUUAGCUUCCCUGGACAAAUUGCCUGACAAGGAUGUUGGCUCUGCCUUAAGAAGCUGUGAAAAGGAUAUUAGAGCUCUGUGGGUUCAGCAGGGAGAGGAACAGCAACAGAAAAGGAAAGUUGAUAGCCUGUCUAAAGAACUAGAUAGAAAGAUUCUUGUAUUUCAGAAGGCUGAGAAUAAAUUUCAUGAAUUAAAGUUAACAGAUCAUAAAUUGGAUCUGGAGAGUGAUCGUGGAGCUGAGUACUUUAAAGAGAGGAAGGAUUUAUUGGACAACUUCAGGGAAAAAGUUGACAUGGAAAAGGAAAACCACCAGAACUGCAUGCAAGAAACUCAAAGGAUAACGUUGAAUGGAUUUCAGACAGGUUUUGGCAGAGUGUUCGAGUCUAUGACCGAGUUUUCCAAGUUUACAUUGAAAAUGUUUAAUGAUCUAUCAAGCAGCAGUCACGAUGCUGAGAAAUUCAGCAGCGCGUCGUAUUCCGAAGGCUCCCAACUUGAAGAUGGCAAAAGGUGACCUCGCAAAAUGAAGUGGAGAUGCUGUGACUGACAUGGCUCGGGCUUUCUUCUUAUUCUUUUUCCCCGUUCCUUUCAUUUUGAAUUCUUUUAGGCUGAACGCCCGAUUGAAGGGUAUUGUACACUGGGAAUGCGUCUAAGCAGCUCGCUGAGAUGCUCUUAGUUGUGUUUGUACUUGGAAGUAGGGGGCACUGGGAGUUUCCCUCCUGCCUUGUAGAUGUUCUGUUGCCAAAGUUUGUAGCCUAUUUCCUCAUUCUCACAUCUCUAUGGGCGAAAAAUCCAUGUAAGCUGGGAGAUUGGGUGGGCAGCCCAUGUGUCUACAUGUUCCCGCAACUUUGGAGGACUGGAGUAUG